UAUGAUGGCUCGUAGUUUUAUUAGUUAAAAAGUAGCUUUUUACUGCUAAAUGAGAUCUGGGUUUCUUUCCGUUUGUGAUUUGGUGCUAGAUCUUUGUUGAUUUACUCUCCUUUUCACUUUAUUUAUCAGAUCUGGAGUUUAUAUGAGAUUUCCUAUGAAAAAAAAUCCAUCUUUUGCUGCUAUCAGGCCCUUGUUUCUUUCUAGAGUUGAUGACUUUGUUUAUGGGGAACUUACUUUUCAAGUUUGAUAGCAUCAAAGAAGUUUGUCUUGGUGGGAGUUAACUUAUUGGCAUCAUGCUCAAACAAUUUCUAAGAAAACUACCUCGGAAGUCGCAAAGAUCCGACUCAUUAGAUUCAGUUGGGACUGAUUCUGUUGACCGUACUUCUAACUCGGAUGAUGGAGUUCAAUGUACGAAUUUCGGGAAUAAAAUUUCAAGUCGACUACGUGUUGUUAAACGGGUGUCCUCAGCUGUUUUUCCUUCUAGCAUUAUGGCUGGAUCGGAGGCAGUUGAGCCGAAUCUGGCUUUCAACGAUGUUUCAAAUCCACAGAAACCAAACCUGUUUAUCAGUAAAUUGAACCUCUGUUGUGAAGUUUGCAAUUCCAGCGAUCCGGGUAAAACUACUACUGAGCAAGAUCUUAAGCGCCAAACAUUGAUAGAGCUUGUCGAUUUUGUUUCUUCAGGGUGUGCAAAGUUCAACGAACCAGCAAUUGCUGCAAUGUGUAAAAUGUGUGCCAUUAACCUGUUUCGAGUUUUUCCACCUAAAUAUCGAUCUAAUACCGCUAGUGGUGAAGUGGACGAUGAAGAGCCAAUGUUUGAUCCUGGCUGGUCCAGUCUGCAACUUGUAUAUGAUUUGCUUCUUCAAUUUAUCGGUUAUAAUUCUCUUGAUGUGAAGGUGGCAAAAAAGUACAUGGAUCAUUCUUUUAUUUUGAGAUUACUUGACCUAUUUGAGUCCGAGGACCCCCGAGAAAGAGACUGUUUGAAAACAAUUCUGCAUGGGAUUUAUGGUAAAUUCACGGUGCACAGGCCAUUUAUAAGAAAAGCUGUUAGCAAUAUCAUCUAUAGUUUCCUUUAUGAAACCGAACGGCAUAGCGGCAUUGGUGAGCUCUUGGAGAUUUUCGGAAGUAUUAUCAGCGGAUUCGCUUUACCGUUGAAGGAGGAGCACAAGAUGUUUCUAUGUCGAGCCCUCAUUCCUCUACACAAACCGAAAUCAGUGGGUGCUUAUCAUCAGCAAUUAACAUACUGUGUUGUACAGUUUGUAGACAAGGAUCCGAAGUUAGCUAAUAGCGUGAUUACGGGACUGUUAAAGUAUUGGCCGGUUACGAAUAGCCAAAAGGAAUUGAUGUUUAUAAGUGAAUUAGAAGAGAUUUUGGAGAUGACUAGCAUGGCUGACUUCCAAAAGAUCAUGGUUCCACUGUUCCUGCGUAUUGCGUGCUGCUUAAACAGCUUCCAUUACCAGGUUGCUGAACGAGCCCACAUGCUAUGGAACAAUGAGCGCGUCCUUAAUCUAAUCAGGCAUAACCGUCAGGUGAUUUUUCCUCUCGUAUUUCCGGCCCUUGAGCGGAAUUCCCGGAACCAUUGGAACCAAACAGUCCUUAACCUGACAAAAAACACAAGAAAGACAUUGUUUGAGAUGGACGAAGAGCUCGUGGCUGCCUGUGAGCGUAAGUUGGAAGAAGAAAACUCCCAUUUAAACGAGGCAACCGAGAAGAGGAAACUAACAUGGGAACGUCUCGAAAUCGCUGCCGGCAUCAAACCUUCAGCUGCUAACAUCGUUCCUCCUGUAAAACCGACCGCAUGCCCCAUUGCCUGCUAAUCACUGGAGUAACUUUGUCGUAAAAAGAAAACGAAAGAUGCAUAUAUAUACAUCUCUAGCUGCUUUGGUUGCAGCCAAGUAUGUUGCUUAUUGAAUUUGACCAGGUUUGUGAAGAAAAGGGGUUUUAUAGGCACAGAGUCGAAAGGUUCCGAAGCUUUGUUACUCGGAUUUGGGUACAAGUAUGUACGUACUCAAGACGGUAUGUUUAAUUUUUAUUUUCUUGUUCAAAUAUGUGGUCUUUGGAGACUUGUAUCCAUGUACUUAUCAGAUGUAAGUCGGAUGCGCGUACUCGAAGCAACAAAAGUUGUUUGGAGUAUAUGUAAUGACAUUGUAUGUAUCAAUUAUGGGCUGUGUUUUUUUUUUCUGUCCAUAUUUAGUCUGUAACAUUUGAAGUAUUGCUUAAUGUUACGUUAAAAAUAUGUCUUUAUUU